UCUAGUGAUGACAUAUGGUGGAACCCUGUUAUAUGGAAAUCUUCAUGGCAUGUUAUAAUUUCAUAGUUCACAAGGCAAACAAUAAAAGAACUGGGAUUCAAAAGGCCAGGAACAAUUUUCAAAUUCACUUACAGUAAGAGUUUCAAAUCCAGCUCUAAUCUUUAGAUGUCGGAUGGAGGAAUAAUGUUUCAAACCUUGUGCUGUGUGCUCCAAGUUCCAGUGACUGACAUCUUUAAUUAUAAAAUCAUAACUAAACUGAAAAACAAAUUUCUAAAUUUUAGCAUACGGCAAUAACUAAAAUGAUAAAAUUGUCUUUGUAACUUGAACUGUUGGUUUUAAUAUUAGACAGUUUAAAUUGUAAAAAAAAAUUGAUUGCAAAGCUUUGCAGCAAAAGUACUUUUACUGUAAUUAUAUUUAUUACCUGGCAAGUCAGUUGGGACAAAGACAUUUUUUCUCUUGCACAGGAUUCCACUAUGUUGAUGGAGAAUAGAAGUUCAUAGCCAAAAUCUUUUGUUGCUACAGUUCUAACUUUUGAAAGAUUCAUUUAAAGUGAUAAUUUCAGAAGAUAUAUCAUGUUUGACAAAAUGCUAGAAUCUAAUGUAUAAAUAGGAAUCUCCUUAUAAUUUUUGGGGCAGGUAAGUGCAAGAUUAAAUAAUUUGCAAUUUUCUGCAUACAGUUUGGAUCUUCAUUAUGGGUGUAUCUUCAUUAUGGGUGUAAGAUAUUUCAGUUGAAUUAAGAUGCAAUGGAGAGGGAAGAUGUUUUGCAUGCCAUAUUAUGUAUUAUUUUUACUGGAAAGAGGUAUUGUAUUUUUCAAGGUACAUUUUUUCAAUGAUUGCAGUUAAAAAGUUUUUUAAAUGGAUGUUCCCACUGCAGUUGAUAUACAAUCCCUAGCUAAGACAUUUCAGCUGGAGAUACCUAAUCCUCUGGAUCAAAAUUGAUGUUCUUAAACUUUAAUUGGUGGCUUAUUUGCAUUUCAUUUACACCAUGUUCUUUGAUUCCAUUGCUUCACCAAAAUCUUUGUCAGCCUUAAACUGAAUUUUUCUCCCCCCAGAUCCACACCUUCCGAGAGUUCCAGAUUUGUACUGUCCCUUUGUGGGAAUGCCUGAGACAAUGUAUAUAUGUGGAGGGAUUGCUUCCUCAUUUUGCUGCUGGGUGGCCCAACAGAUUUUAAGACUUAUUUUGUUAAUGAUUUCCUUCACCAGAGGAAUUAGUUUCUCUCUACUGACUCCAAGUUAUUUUAACACUUAACCUUAUGAGCCCCAGAUGGGGGUCUGACCAAUGGUCUAUGCAACUGAACCAUAAUUUCAUCCUCUUUGUUGUGAAGGCAACUAUCUGGGCAAAACGCCUCAAUAAAUCUUUUGAUUCCUUAACUGACUACUAGCUUUUUAUGAUUUGUGGACUUGUCUGCCUUUGAUCCCCUGGAUCCAGGUUCCAUUUUAAAAAAUACUCCUAAUUAUUUAUCUUUUUGCAUCCAAAACAGAUUACCUCUUUCAUGUGUUGAACCCAUUUCUCUAAAGCUUCAUCCACUAUAUGCUAUCAACGUUCCUUUGUGACUUUCUGCUCACAUUUUCAUGAAUGUUUCUCCUCAUGAUCUGUCAACAUGGGUAUCUAGCUCUUCCUCCUUCAUCCAAAUCAUUAACAAAUAUGAUGAAAAGCUCAGCUCCUUGGGGAGAUACCCCACAUCAUAUUCUUCCAGAUGCCUUCUAUCCUUCAUUUUCUGUCUCCCACCUUGAAUGAAGGAAUUAGAAAGGGAUUAUUUAUUAAGCAAAAAUACUAACAGUACAGAUUGCAUUAGGCCUGAGAACCAAGGUUGAAGUCAACAUUGGGGUAGGAAGGGUGUGUGAACAGUUGUCGGUAACGAACAGGAUCAUUUCUUCUCUUCCCACUAUGGAUGUGGUGAUAAAGCUAUAAUUUAGUAGCAGAAUAAAAUGAUGAAGUAAUUCUAGAGAUCAGAUAGUUAAGAGAAAUUUUUACUCCCCUUUUUCCAGGUUUAAAGAACUUUGCUGAAACUUUUGCUUUUGCCUGGCCCAAAAUAGUGGUUAUAAACACAUUGACAUAAUUGAUAAUUUCCAGCUUUCACAUAGACUUCUCGGAGUGUAACUCUAGGCCUUACUAGACCUCUCAGCAACAGCUAAGAAUUUCAACACCAACAAAUUAAGCUGUGCCAGUCUUGUGGAAUGCUACUUAAAAGAGCAUGAGAAAUAGUCAAAAGUGAAGUUAACAAGAUAAAUAAAUAGCAUCCCAGUACCUGUACAACUGGAAUCCUGCAGGUUCAAUCAAGGCAGCAAACCAAAGGACAAAUAUUUUACCACUCCUUACGUUUUUUUUGUAUUUCAUUAGCAACCAUAACGUAUCUGGCUGUUGUCUUGCAUCCUAUUCUGUACACAGUUGAAUCUACAUUAUUAUAAAAAUGUUUGGCUCUAUGGAAACAGCUGACUUGGCUGUUGUAGGAUUUUAUUUUGUUCUUGUAUUGUGCAUUGGGUUUUUUGCGAUGUGGAAAUCCAACAGAAGUACCGUGAGUGGAUACUUCCUUGCAGGACGCUCCAUGACCUGGGUGGCAAUAGGUGCUUCAUUGUUUGUGAGCAAUAUUGGCAGUGAACACUUUAUUGGGUUAGCAGGAUCUGGAGCUGCCAGUGGAUUUGCAGUGGGAGCUUGGGAGUUCAAUGCAGUGUUACUUUUGCAAGUAUUAGGUUGGGUCUUCAUCCCAGUCUAUAUUAGAUCUGGUGUGUUCACCAUGCCACAAUACCUUUCCAAACGUUAUGGUGGUAACAGAUUAAAGAUAUAUUUUGCUUUGUUAUUUUUAAUAUUAUAUGUUUUCACCAAGCUUUCCGUGGACUUGUAUGCCGGUGCACUCUUCAUCCGGGCGUCACUGGGCUGGGACCUAUACCUCUCUAUCAUCAUUUUGAUUGGAUUGACUGCAGUAUUAACUGUCACAGGAGGACUUGUGGCUGUCAUCUACACCGAUGCCCUGCAAGCCAUUCUUAUGAUUGGUGGAGCUUUAACAUUGAUGGUUGUCGGUAUGGUCAGAGUGGGAGGCUUUGAGGAAUUGAGACGAAGAUACAUGCUCGCCUCUCCAAAUGUUACUGCAAUCAUUACUUCCUUCAAUCUAAGUUCGACUAAUACUUGCUGUAUCCACCCAAAAGAAGAUUCUCUAAAGAUGCUACGUGAACCAACUGAUGAGGAUAUUCCUUGGCCUGGUUUCCUGUUGGGUCAAACACCAGCCUCUGGUUGGUAUUGGUGCGCUGAUCAAGUCAUCGUGCAGCGAGUCUUGGCUGCAAAGAACAUCGCUCAUGCUAAAGGAGCCACUCUGAUGGCUGGUUUUCUGAAACUCUUGCCCAUGUUUAUCAUAGUCAUUCCAGGGAUGAUUUCCAGGAUUCUCUUUACUGAUGAGGUUGUUUGCAUUAAUCCAGAGCACUGCAUGCAAGUAUGUGGCAGCAGUGCAGGUUGCUCAAACAUUGCAUACCCACGCCUCGUGUUGGGAAUCUUACCUGCAGGCCUCCGUGGCCUAAUGAUGGCAGUCAUGAUAGCAGCUUUAAUGAGUGAUUUGGAUUCUAUAUUCAAUAGUGCCAGCACAAUUUUCACCCUUGAUGUCUACAAGCAUCUUCGAAAGGCUGCCACCUCUCGAGAACUUAUGGUUGUGGGUCGUUUAUUUGUUAUCUUCAUGGUAGGCACGAGCAUUGCCUGGGUUCCUAUAAUUGUGGAGAUGCAGGGAGGACAAAUGUAUCUCUACAUCCAAGAGGUAGCAGAUUAUCUCACGCCACCUGUGGCAGCAGUGUUCCUACUUGGUAUUUUCUGGAAACGCUGCAAUGAGCAGGGGGCCUUCUAUGGAGGGUUGGUUGGAUCACUUUUGGGAAUGAUUCGCUUGAUUCUUGCCUUUGUUUAUCAAGCACCAGACUGUGAUCAGCCUGACACCAGACCAAGUUUUAUCAGAAACAUUCACUAUAUGUAUGUGGCAACGGUUCUAUUUUGGAGCACUAUCAUUACAGCAGUUAUAUUGAGUCUGCUGACACCUGCUCUUCCAAGAGAAUAUACUCGUAACACUACAUUCUGGGCAUUAAAAGACUUGGACAACAUAAAAAGUGCCCAGACAGAAGAAUCAGCUAAACUAGCAAAUCGAACUGUGUCUGAAAGCAAUGGCAGUACCACUUGUGUGGAUAAGUCUGACUGUAAUCGCAAAGAUACUGAUGGAAUUGAACUAGUUCUGUUAAUGCCCGGAGGUGAUGACUCCAAAUCUGUGUGCUCCCCAUCCAACAUUGAAGGACUGACAACAAAUGAUGGAUAUUUAAAUGGUCAAACAACUGUGGACCAAGGAACCAUUGAGGAACCUCAACUGGAAAGAAGCAAAUGGUGGAGACUUUUUGACUGCAUUUGUGGAUUAAAAAAUUAUGAUGUGACAAAUCCAGUAGCAAAAAAUACUGUAGAAGAUGAAAACAUUUGCUUAGAAAUGCUACAAGAGAGCCCCAGGCUUAAGAUACUGUUAAAUAUUGGACUUUUAGUUGUAUUAUCUUCUGGAAUAUCUAUGUUCAUUUAUUUCUCUUUGUAAAAUCAGUCUGCAGGUUUAAGUGAAUGCAGUUUCAUCUUGAAGAUUUCUAUAUUCCUUUUGUUGGCCUGGACAGAGAACUUUUAUGGCUUGCUUAUUAAAUAUUAGGGGUGGUAAUUGGAGUAAGUUAUUAUAGAAUGAAAUUGUAUGUGCCCAGUCUGAACUUGGCAGAUGUAGGUCAGAGGCAGUAAAAUUGGCCAUGUUACUUUCUAUUAAGGUGGGAAAUUAGUGUUUCAUCAUCUGACCUGCUAUUUAGUAACUCCCAUGGGAAGCACUAAGAUGGGUUUUAAGUGAGAACAAGUGGAGAAUUCAGUUGUGGUUUUGGUUACUUUCAUUGAAUAUCUUUUAUGACAGCCACUGUCAAGGAUCACAGUGGCAUUUUAUAAGAUACCAGGAAAAGAAAGAGAGCCGUGCCCAGUGUAUUGUGUGAAACAGUGAACCGUUACAUUCUGGAGGAAAGAAAUGGGGGCCUAGAAAUUAAAUCUGUAGCCAACUUAAUUUUGGGAUUUGUAGUGCAUCACCUGGCUUUUAUAGAUAGAUAAUUUCCUUCCUUGCAAUAUUUAUUUUGUAAAUUAUAUUCAAAUAAGAUAUGACUGAACUUAAAAUAAAUUUUGAUUCUUAAUAAUUGUUUCAUGUCCAAAAUCAACAAAAUGUAUAUGUGGAAAUUCCAAUAAAGUCCACUUAUGAGCACAGUUAAAAGUAGCCACAAAAAAUAAAAAAAUGCAAUUUCAGUGGGUUGUAAAAUACUUGCUAAAUUUAAUAUAGUUUAAUGACAAGUGAAAUUUUUAAUUCAUUACACUUUCCCCUUAAUUUCCCCAUUUCUCCCCUUCCCCUCGCCAUUUCACAUACUUGCUGAAAUACCCACCUCAUGAUGGAUCUCUACCACUGAGCCUGUAAGUCAGCUGCAAAGGUAUGUUCAGCUUUGACUUUUUCCAGAUUCCCUUCCCCACUCCACAUGAGGCUGUUUUACUGUAUGGAGCACCUUCCUCCACAAUAGGAGUCAGUGAAUUUUGUAAGGCAGGAUUGAGCUUAAUGAUCGUCCCUAUUAGGGGUAUGGAUGUUGAUGCUUAAUGAUUAAAAAAUAUUUCUUUAAUAGUUUAGCUGCAUAACAGAUGCUGCACUCCAAGAGAUUGCAUGAAACAACUCUAAAGGUGAGAUCCAUAUGCAAAUACAUUGCAUGUAGGCCAACAAAAGGACCAUAGUCUCUUUGUAUAGCUAUCAUUGUAUACUAUAGCUUUUAUUAUGGAUGAUCUAGGUUUUAAAAAAAGUGUCCUUUUGUAAAAACAUUUUUAAUCCAAUCAAAAAGAAAGUAUUGAUGCUUUAAUAUUGAAGAUGUUGGCUGCUUUAACUGGACUCGGUUGUAAUUUUGUAUGCAUUGUGACAGGUAAUUCUCAUUUUUGCUAAGAUGCAGGAACUUGUUAGGUUGUGAUAAACUAGGAAAAUGUAUAUGCUUUGGUUAGGUAACAUCAGCACUUAUGAUCUCCCAAUCUUAUAUUUGUGAUGAUUAAAUUUGUAGAACAUGAGUGAUUGGAGUGUGGGGAUCAGAAGAGUAUGUGAAGGGAAUAGUCUACUGUUCUAAACAAAAUGGGAUCUAUAUAUUUGAGUUUUGUUGUCUUGUAUCCUAAUUCCUUUUGUAGAUAUCUCUCUCCAUCAUUUGUCACUUCUGUCAUGCUUUCCCCAUCCUCAGUCAAUUAGAGUUUCUUAUUUUUAAAACCCCUUUAUAUUUUGAAAGGUUAAUGUAUUUUGUUAAAAUAUAAGCUAAAGUACAGGUCACAGAUGCAGAAAAUAACUGAGCUUAAAAGUUUGUCUACUUACAAGUUGCUCUAUUCAAAAGAGUUGGUUUUCUGCCAAAGAAAUUAAAUAUCAGGAGUAAGCUAUAAUUUAUAUAUUCUGCUAUAAAAAUGUGUGAUUGCAUUUUUUAAUAUGGAAAAAAAAGCUUUGUGUAAGGAUUUAAGAGUAUAGAUUGUUGUGCAAGUACCAUUUGUCUUUAUGGAAGAGUAUACAACUAACAUGAUUUGCAAAAAUGUGCAACGUGUACUUGCAAAAGUAUUUAUCCUAUCACCAGCAGAUAACAUUUUGGAUUAUAUAUGUAUGUUUUAUAUAUAAACAUACAUAUAUAAUCCUAAUAUAUAUAUAUCUACCAAUUUGUGUCUUGUAAUUACUUACAUUCCUAUUUUGAUGUGAGGCAAUAUGUCUGCUUGUGUAAUUACAUAUUCAGCAGACUGGCUUCGCAAAGCACAAAUAAUUAUAUUGGGCACAGACAGAAGCACUUAUCCAAGUGCCUGAAAAGGUGUUGACCAAUUACAGGAAUUCAGACACACAAAUAAAAAAAUACUGAAAAUACCUACCAGGACUAUUUGUGCCUUGAUUUUAAAAGUAAGAUUUCAACUUUUUAAGAUGAGGUUCUCCUUUUCCAGAAUUGGAAUUUGGGAAGUGCUCAGCAUAAAUUCAGGAAUUAAUUCAUCAAAUUUAUUAGAUCAAUAAUCAUGAUUUUCCUAAAACUCUUGGUUAUUUUUUUAACCUGGCAUUUGUAAUAAAAGCUUCAUUUUAAAGUAUAUUGUUUAUAAUGUUUUAAAAUUAUUUGAAAUGCGUAAGUUGUUAACAUUUUGACUUUGUUUGGGCAUUCAUAGUAACUCCAUUGUUACUACUCAUAGUAACUCCAGUGAGUGUAAACUAUCUGCAUGUGUUCAAAGAUAACUUAUAGAAUGUUAUUUGAAGUUGAUCGAAUCACCAGAACUUGUAUCUCUAGUUCCACAAAAAGACAAUCACCGUAGAUGUUAAAGAAAAAAAUGUAGGACUUCUGACCAAAUUACCAACAAUGGAUGAAUGUUAAAUAACUGAUCCACGAGUUUUAAUGUUAACAUUCUAUGUAAUAAUAUAAUAUAGAUAUGUUAGGUUCACUAAAAGUUAAUGAUUUAGUCUAUCUCUUGUUGCAUGUCUUGUUUAGUUUGCUCUAUUUUUCUCAUUCAUGGAUUCUAAAUGUAAUAAUAUUCUCAUUCAUGAAUUCUAAACAUAAUAUUCUAGUGUUCCCCAAAAAUAAUUGCUAUAUUUAAAACCUUUAUUGGCUAAAAGGUAAUUAUCAUUUAACAAUCCAGCUCACUCAUCACACUUUUCUCCUGUGCUAUUCCCAAGGCCACACUUGAUUUUGGUAUCCCAGAGGGUUCAGAUAUCUUCUAGACCUCUCUGCCAUGGCUGCUCUGCGAAGUAGAGAAACAAAGGACUGCAGAUGCUGGAAACUAGAUGGGGGGGAAAAAAACAACAAGAUGCUGGAGGAACUCAGCAGGUCAGGCAGCAUCUGUGGAGAAAAGCAGAUAGUCAACGUUUCGGGUCAGGACCCUUCAGGACUGAAGCUAGGAAAUGGGGAAGCCCAAUAUAUGGGGAGGGGGGUGGGGAGGAACAGAGCAGUGAUAGAUAUAUUCCUCCAGCAUCUUGUUUGUUCUGUGAAGUUGUGACUUGGCCUCAGACAGUGGACCCUGACGCCCUGUUCCUGGAUUGUCCUGAGGGCCCUUUUGACACUUAGCUGAUGCCAACAGACCUUUGAUGAUCAAAGACAGUUUAAAAAGUAACUGGAUUUAAUUUAUUAAAAGUGUUUACUGGACACAUGCAAGUGAUAAUUAAAAGCAUUAAAAUAGAACCUUUUCAUCAAGAUUGGUGAUACCAUUCAAGUGAGUAGGCUGGCUGCAAAUGCCUACCAUGGCUGGCAUAACGGUAAGAGACCAAAUCUGAACUGCAUCUGCCUUGUCUUUAUGGCAUAACUAUGUUGAGUCCAGCUUUGGGACAAAGGGUCAAAAGUGUUGUCUUCUUUGAUCUGUAGCUGGCCUUCAACUUCUGCAUUCAAUAUGUAAGUGUAGGAGUCAGCAAUCAACUGACCUGUGAAGACCAACUUGCCAAAGGUUCUCUAUGGAAUUACUGGCAGACUCAAGUAAAUUUCAGAGCAUUGAAUGUUGUCAUGGUUGGAAUUGCAUGACAGCAACUUCCUUUUGCUGGGUGACAGAAAGACUAAUUAAAUUGAUGCAAAUUUGUGUAAAUACUUUGAUUCAAAGGAAACCAAACUCGUGUAUAUAGAGAGAAUGGGGAGCACAAAAGAAAAAAAAAUCAAAGCAGGAUGAAACAGCUCAAACAUUAAACCAAAUAUUUCUAUUCUUAAAAUAGACUAGCAGUUUUCAGGAAACUGAAUUGGAUUGAGCAAAAUGGGAAAAUGUGUAGAAUGUUUCAGUAGCAAAUCUUGUAUAAAACUUGCACAACUUUCACUGUCCUUUGCUUCUUAUGGCUCAUUAUGUUCCCUUGUGUUGGCAGUCCCAAGUUCAGCUGCUUAUCUGAACUGAUUGGAGUGUCAUUACAGAUAUAAAUGAAGUGUUUGGGCUCACACCGAAUAUAUCCAAUCAAGAGCAGUCAUCAUCAGUUGAAUGUUGGAAGUACAUAGGCAAGACGGUCAUAAAAUUUAUAAUACUGUAGAACAUUGUGAAACUGGUCAAAAUGGUGUAGUCAUCACCAUCUCUGUUCAAAUCCUUCUUGCUAUGUCUUUGGUCAUUGUGCCAGAGAGGAUACCCCUGGUGCUGGAGGUCUGUGGUCUUCAGUGAUGUGAUACUGAUUUGAUUUUAAAAUUUGUCUGUUCAGAUAUCCUUAUCGGAUGAUCUCAUAAACUAGGAAAGAUGAUAUGCAUCCUCUGGAUGGUUAGAAUGUCUGUCAAAGCCCUCAAAGCACUUGCUGGGAGGAAGACAGAGGGGGAGCCAUGGCAACUUGAAUUUUAAGUUCAUGCUUUUAAUUAACCAAAUAAAUAGAAUUUUUUUUCUUUGGAAUAGGAAGUAUAAUACAGGUCCUCCCCAGGUUACAGCAGGGUUCCAUUCCUGUGAACUCUUCGCAAUCUGGACAGUUCGCAAGUCAGAAAUGUGGCCGUGAGCCAAAUUCCCAGGUGGCAAAAGAUGCCUGCAGCCCGACAGCAGCCAGCAAAUCCAUCCUCCCAGUCUCCCAAACUCUUGUUCCUAUGUAUGGGUUGUACAUAAGUCGGGUGUUCGUAACCUAGAAAGGACCUGUAAAUCAUGUUUUUAAUAUUUAGAUGGUCUCAAAGUGAGAAGAGUUAAACUACUGUAAUUUACUAGUGUUAAUGAUAUAAAAGUUCAAUUUUUGUAUUUUUUGGGGGAAGAGGGUGAAUAAUUUUAAAUAGGUAUAUCUUUUUCCUACUCUGGAGUAAGUUCAGAGAGAACUGUUAGUCAAAGUGGCCAUCAGUAGAAGUGAACUUGUCUUUACUGACAGCAGAUGCAUACAGGGCAGCCUGAAGUGGAGACCAUUUAUUGAAAGUUGUGAAUGAUGAGACCAGAGAUGAUUUUCUGUCAAACCUUUCACUAGUUUGUUAUCUAUUUGUAAACUUGAUCACUUAUGCUAGAUACAGACGAGCUUGCAAAAAUCUGGAGAUCGUAAUAAGUCUGUGAAGGAAGGAUAGAUUAUCUGCUUUCUAGCUGUUUUAAGUUUUCAACUGUGAUACCAAGAAUACAGCAGACAUCUUGGCUCAGUGUAGGAAGAGAAUUGCCUAAACUCGUUUAAUUUAAACUUUAAAUAUAAAGCCUGACCUUUUUAAUAUAAAAUAAUGGGAAAACAUUGAACAUUUGAAUUUUGUGUGCUGGAAUUUUUUAAAACAUUAUUUACGCAUCUUGCUAAAAGAAUCUCAAAGAAACAGCUGUCUGAGAUUUAAAUUUGGUAGUGUAAAGUUGUGUGUGACCAUUAUAGUAUUGCUCAAGGUAUUGCUGUCUAUAAAGAUGAUAUUGACUGACCUGCUGAGUUCCUCCAGCAUUUUGUGUGUGUUGCAGCAGAUAUAUUCACUUCAUCUUUGCAUUGACACCAGCUUUAGACAUAUAAUCAAUUUGAAUGUGUUUGCAAGCCAUCUUUGAAGCUUGACUUCGAAGAUAAUUUUAUGAUACUAAACCUGCAGUUAACAAAUAGAAACCAUACUCCUAGAUAAAGCUUUCCAUUUUGAUUCUUGAAGUAACUUCAAGUAUUUGGAACAUAUUUCAUGACAUUGGAGUGAACUUUCCCAACUCGCCACCAAUCCUUAUUUCUGCAUUAUUUUAGGUAGGAACUUAAUGUCAGUUUUUUUAUUUGCGGUUUUCAUAUUAAAUGAGUACAUGUUUAACCUUAAAUGUUUUGGGCAACACUUUUGUUUCCUGUUUGUAUGUGUGAGUGUGCAAUUAUGAAGCAAAUUUUUGUGCUCCCAGAUAGGGUCCUAAAUCACAGUUUGAAGUUAAUAAGGAUGCUAGGGAUCCUCAUCUGAUAAUUAGUAUCUGUAUUAGUAACGUUGGCACCCAUUGUAAGGAAUAUCUUGUUGCUAUUUCCUAUCAAGGUAAAAAAAAAUAGUAGAUUAGAGCCCAGAAUCAACCAUUAAUAGUUUACAUCUUUCAGUGAAUUUGCCAGGAAGUAUUUGGGUGGGCAUUGAUGAUUUUGCUAGAAGCCUUAUUUAUGGAAGUAAGAUUUGUUUGAGUACAUUGCAAGCUUUUGAAUCGGGGAGGACAGUUGGUCUAGAUUUAUGCUGAAUGCAUCUUAAGUUUGUUAUUGUCUGAUGAAUCUGGUAAGAUUUUAUCAAGUGAGAUUUUUUUUAAACCUAUGAAUGAAUCCCAAUUAUGAAGUGAUUGCAAAAAUGUGGGUGAGGGAUUUAAGGCAGUGUAGUUUGAAGUGAGGAAUGUUAAGCAGUUUGAAUGGACUGAUGCUUGAGAUAAAUUAUUUUGUUCAGCUGUAGUUAUAAUAGUGUACCCCCACAAGAUCUUUCAAUGAUGCUUUUGGAGGUAGCCGAAUGAAUUGUUUGUGGUUUCACCUACUUUGGAGAGAUGGGAAAAUAUUGGACCAUCAGUGUAUGUUUUUAAGCCCUUUUGGUACAGGAUUUCUCAAGCCAGCAGCAGGUGAUGCGAGUAUUUCCUACUAAAGGAGCCAUAGAAGAGAAAAUUUUAAAUAACAGUUGGAUGAAGUGAUGCCAUUUUAUUCUUGCUGGAAAAUGGAGGAAAAUUAUUUAAUUUUGGAUAAUCCUUUUGUAUGUCUUUUUAGUAACCUAUGAUUGUUAUGUAACACACUUAUGUAAAUCAACCAGCGUGAAGGAUGAUAAAAUUGUAUACUUUUUUUUACCUGUAAUUGCUAUGCAACUUGUGUAUUCAAAAUGAAUCAAUUUAUUUACCUGUCAAAAUAUUCAAUAAAGAUGAGGAAUAUUUUACUUGUG